AUGGCCAACCCCCAAGGAUACCCUGCCCAGGGCUAUUCGCAGGAANNGAGUACGACCAAUCGCAGUCCGGCACCCCCGUGCCCGCUCCCUCCCAAAGCACCAGCAAGAAAGAAGAGAGCCUAUGCCGGCCAGGCAUUCGAAUUCGGCGCCGGUCCCAAUGCCGGCGUGCCCGCGACACAGACACCUCCUGCCGCUGCCUACGGCGCCGCUCAACCUGCUGCUGGCUAUGGUUACGGAGCCCCAGUCCAACAGCCCGCAGGCUACCCUGACCCUCAACAGCAGUCCGCUGCAGGAUAUGGCGCUCCUGCCGCUGGAUACCAACCUCCAGAUGCUUAUGGUGCCGCUCCCGGAGGAGUGCCCGGCAUGACACAGCAGUUCGCGCAGAUGGGCAUGGCCCCGCAACAACAGCAGCCCGCACAAGCUCCCCAGCAACCUGCUCCUGUCGCCCAGCGUCUGAACCCUCUUCAGCCUGUCGACAUCAGUGUCCAGGGUGCUCCCUUCCAUGUGUCGGAUCUGGAUCUGCCUCCUCCUCCCAUCAUUUUGCCUCCUAACGUACGUCUGUCCUGCUCUGGUUUCGGCUCGAUCACUGACACAUGCUAUAGNUCAAGCGUGACCCCCUCACCCAACGCAAACUGCCCACCAAAGUACGUCCGCUCGACAUUGAACGCCAUUCCUUCGACAAACUCCCUCCUCAAGAAGUCCAAACUUCCUUUCGCCCUAGUCAUCCAACCCUACGCUACCCUCCACGACGCCGAAGACGACGUGCCUGUUCAACCCGACCAGGUGAUUGCAAGAUGUCGCAGAUGCCGUACCUACAUCAAUCCUUUCGCCACUUUCCUCGAUCACAGUCACCGAUGGCGCUGCAACAUGUGUAACCUGACCAACGACGUUCCUCAGGCCUUUGACUGGGACAACAUGAAGCAACAAGCCAUUGACCGCUGGCAGCGACCUGAGCUCAACUACUCGGUCAUGGAGUUUGUUGCUCCCCAAGAGUACAUGGUCAGAGCCCCACAGCCUCUGGUAUACCUCUUCCUGUUCGACGUCAGUGUCGCUUCGGUCCAGAGUGGCCUCCUUGCCACUGCCGCUCGAUGCGUUGCCGAGUCACUCGAUCGCAUUCCCAAUGCUGACCGCAGAACCCGUCUGGCCUUCAUGGCAGUUGACUCGAGCUUGCACUACUUCACAAUUCCCCGCGAUGACAGCGGUACCACCGAUUCGAACAUGCUGGUAGUGAGCGACCUCGACGAGCCUUUCCUUCCCACACCCGACGGUCUUCUCGUCAGCUUGGCCGAUUCGCGUCAAAACAUCGAGACUUUCCUUGGAAAACUACAGUCCAUGUUCCAGAGCACUCAGAAUAGUCUCUCAGCCAUGGGCUCGGCUAUGCGUGCUGGACACAAGAUGAUUUCUCAUGUUGGUGGAAAGAUGGUCGUUUUGACAGCCUCUCUGCCCAACCACGGUUACGGCAAACUUGACAUGAGAGAAGACAAGAAGCUUCUUGGAACGAGCAAGGAGAGUUCUCUGCUUCAGACCGCCAACGCUUUCUACAAGAGUUUCGCAGUCGAAUGUUCAAAAACUCAGGUUUCGAUCGACAUGUUCCUCUUCUCUUCACAAUACCAGGAUGUUGCAUCACUUAGCAACUUGCCUAGAUACACUGGAGGUCAGACAUAUUUCUACCCUGCUUGGAGCGCAGCCCGUACCGAGGAUGCCAUCAAGUUCGCAACAGAGUUCAGCGACUACUUGUCUUCAGAGAUUGGUCUGGAGGCUGUCUUGCGUGUCAGAGCCACCACCGGAUUGCGCCCAAGCACUUUCUACGGUAACUUCUUCAACCGCAGUUCAGAUCUGUGCGCUUUCCCUGCCUUCCCUCGCGACCAGGCAUACGUUGUCGAGAUUGCCAUCGAUGAGUCGGUCACAAAACAGUUUGUCUGCUUGCAGGCUGGUGUCUUGCACACAACAUGUAAUGGCGAGCGCCGCAUUCGUGUCAUGACCUUGUCGAUUCCUACCACACAAAACCUGGCCGAUGUAUACUCAAGUGCUGACCAACAAGCCAUUGCUGUCUACUUCAGUCAUAAGGCAGUCGAGAGAGCUUUGUCCAGCGGUCUCGAUGCUGCUAGAGAUGCCCUCCAAGCCAAGAUCAUCGAGCUCCUCCAAACAUACAAGAAGGAACUUGCAGGUGGUAACAUGGGCGGCGGUGGUCUCCAGUUCCCUGCGAACCUUAGAGGUCUACCAACUCUGUUCUUGGGUCUCAUUAAAAACCUCGGUCUCCGCAAAUCAGCCCAGAUUCCCAGCGAUCUUCGUUCUGCAGCGCUGUGUCUACUCUCGACGCUUCCCCUGCCUCUGAUGAUUCAGUACAUUUACCCUCGCCUGUACUCGUUGCACGACAUGCCUGAGACUGCUGGUCUUCCCGACCCGACUACUGGUGCCAUUGCUUUGCCUCCUCCGCUCAACUUGACUUCAGGCAACAUUGUUCCCUUUGGUCUGUACCUUAUCGACGAUGGUCAGACACAAUUCUUGUGGCUUGGACGUGACGCUGUACCAGCACUAGUGAUGGAUGUCUUUGGCACUGACGACAAGAACGCUCUGAAGCAGGGCAAGACUUCAUUGCCCGUCAUAGACAGCGAGAUGAACGAGCGCGUGCGUGCUGUGGUCGAGAAAAGCCGAGACCAUCGUGCCAAGGGCUGCGGCAGCAUUGUGGUACCUUCGCUAUAUCUUGUGCGCGAAGACGGCGACCCAAGUCUUCGACUGUGGGCUCAAAGUCUUCUCAUCGAAGACCGUGCCGACAUGGCCGUCAGCUCUGCUCAAUUCAUUGGCAUGUUGAGAGAAAAGGUACGCAUUUUCUAG